GAGAAGAAGCCAGCAGAGGAGAAGAAGUCUGCCGUGGCGGAGAAAGCCCCCGCCGAGAAGAAGCCCAAGGCCGGGAAGAAGCUCCCCAAGGAAGCCGGAGCCGCCGCCGGCGACAAGAAGAAGAAGAGAUCGAAGAAGAGCGUGGAGACCUACAAGAUCUACAUCUUCAAGGUCCUGAAGCAGGUCCACCCUGACAUCGGAAUCUCCAGCAAGGCCAUGGGAAUCAUGAACAGCUUCAUCAACGACAUCUUCGAGAAGCUCGCCCAGGAGUCGUCCAGGCUAGCCAGGUACAACAAGAAGCCCACCAUCACUUCCCGGGAGAUCCAGACCGCCGUGAGGCUCGUGCUGCCCGGCGAGCUCGCCAAGCACGCCGUUUCGGAAGGGACAAAAGCCGUGACUAAGUUCACCAGCUCUUGAAAGGGCUUAGGGUUUGUGGAUUUCAAUGUCCGGUAUUUGAAAUCGAGCCCUUUGGGUCUAGGGUUAGGGUUUUAAUUAGUAAAUGUGCAUUUUUCUUUCUAUUUUUUGUGACUUUGUGUUGAUUUGGAACUCGAUCUUUAUCUUGGUAGGAAAUGAAAUAUGAUGGUUCAUAUAAUCCUUAAUGCUUUGUAAGGUGUUUGAUGAAAUGCCCAACAGAACUGAUUGGGGGUUCUUACUCGUUGCCUCUA